GCAUAACGCAGCUUAAGAUGAUACUUGCUUCUUGAAAGGAUGAAGCUUUGCUUGAAAGAAUUCUCUGUAUUUUUUUAUUCUUUUUCUAAUUAUCUAAUUGCUUUACCAAAAAUGACUGGCAACACAUCAAUUUAUGUACCUCUACCAUCGAAAGUUAAUAUUGCUUUCAAGUUGACCCCAAAAAACUUGCAUUUCCAUUCCAAAAAUUCCUAGCAUAACUCAUUAGAUCCGAGUGUUCACAAGUUCUUACUGCUAGUUUGCUUAUUCUUCUCCCUCAUCACUGUAUAACUUAAUCAUACUCCCACUAUGCCUUCCUCAUCUACGAAACCUUCAAUUCUUUUAGUCGGCUCUUUACGCCAUGCCUUUAAGGAAUGGAAAUCUCUUAACGAGUACGCCGACUUAAAGGUAUUCUGCGAUGAAAGUCGUGAAGUGUUCUAUGAACGAUGCAAAACUGAGUUUCAAAACGUCAAGGCUAUCCUUCGUACCUACAACAGUAAGUUCUUCAUGGGUGUAUUUGAUGAAGAUGUCAUUCAGCAUCUCCCCUCAUCUGUGAAAUACAUCUGUCAUGUUGGUGCUGGUUAUGAAACCGUCAAUGUCGAUGCUUGCUCCAAACGUGGUAUUCGAGUCGCGAACUGUCCUGUCGCUGUAGACGAUGCAACGGCUGAUACGGCUAUUUUUUUGAUGAUUGGAGCAUUCCGUCGCUUUAAUAAAGGUCUCUUUAGCUUACGAGAUGGACAUUGGAGCCUUAACAAUCAGCCUUCUCAUGACCCCGAAGGAAAGACACUUGGCAUCCUCGGUAUGGGCGGCAUUGGUAGAACAGUCGCAAAACGAGCUCGUGCUUUUGACAUGAAUAUCAUCUAUUACAACCGUCGUCCUCUUAGUGAAAAAGACGCUGCCGGUGCUAAGUAUGUUCAAUUUGACCAGCUUUUGACCGAAUCAGAUGUCUUGUAUCUGAGCUUGCCCUUAAACAAGCACACAUACCAUAUUAUCGGCAAAGACGAAUUUAAGAAGAUGAAGCGAGGCAUUGUCAUUGUCAAUACUGCCCGUGGCCCCGUCAUGGAUGAGGAAGCUCUCGUCGAUGCCUUGAAGGAAGGUAUCGUUUAUUCCGCCGGACUUGAUGUAUUUGAGCAUGAGCCUCAAGUGCAUCCUGGCCUUAUUGAAAACCCAGAUGUCAUCCUUCUUCCUCAUUUGGGCACCAACUCCUUGGAAACUCAACAUAAGAUGGAAGCUUUUUCCAUCGAAAACAUGAAGAGCGGUGUUCUACAUGAUAAGCUUAUUAGUCCUGUACCCGAACAAAGAGAAAUGUAAUUCUGAAUCCACGUACAAAUCCGUGGAAUAUCGCAAUUCUUUUGAUCCUUUUACUUUCUUUUUAAAUUGCUUCUUGAUCACUUAUACUCCCUGCUUACUAUAUGUUAUCCUUGAAUGAUGUUUUACAGUAAUAAAUUCUGGUUUGCUGUCAUAAAUUAUUAAUGUUAUUUCAUUUCAAAAACUAAACC